CUCAUUUUGUGCAGAUUUCGAAGUUCGAGGCCGCUCGGCGCGAGUUCCCGAAGGUCCUCAACGGCAGGACAGAGAGAGGGACCCGAUGAGGGACCGGAUAAAUAUGCUGAUCAAGCAGAAGCUGGACGACAGAGGGAAGGGAAAACUGACCCACGUGAAGCGAGAAGUUCGCGAAACUGAUCCUGAGAAUAUCGAGUACUACGACUACAACAGCGACGUUAACGCGAACGGGAAUUCGGACCGCGAUUCCGCGGCGUUGGACUACGACCAGAAACAAAUGUCCGGCGAUCAGACCCCUCCGGGCGAUCAAGGUGGCGGAGAUCCCUCAGCGACGACGACCACCCCCUCGAACGAUGCGCAAGAACCGAUGCUGAAGAAGGACGAGAACGCCGCGGAGGAAUUGAGACAGGAAACACUCCGCGCGCAGACGAACUGCAAACCUCCGAAACAGGAAUUCAUAUCCGACGCGAACCUCGACCAACCGACGUCGAACACCGAAAAACCAUCACCCAACGAAAUCAUACCGGAGAACUCGAUACCCGGAUCGAAAGCGGAGGACGAGGGUGUCGAGGGUGUCGGACGAAAUUCGGACGACAGGAACGACCGUCGCGAUCGGUAGUCGUUGGAGAUAUAAAAAAUUGAAGCGUUUUGGCUUUUUUCAUGAUCAUUUUUUUGGCGCAAAAAACAGGCCAGCGCCACCGGCGGAAUCGGAUAGUCGGGAAUCCGAACUGAGGGGAGUUCCGGAUGGUCGUUACCGCGAAAACGAAGAUUCUGCAGAUCGUUUGAAAAGCGUCGAAAACGUCGAGGGGAAGGACGAGUCGAAAGAUCCUUUGGAGUACAGCGUAAACGUGCAUGGGAAAAUUGACCCGGAAUCAAUCGACGAAAUUUUGGGUACAAAAUCGUCGACGAACACAAAAAACGACGAAGAGAAACCCGAUUCGAUGAAGGAGGACACGAGGUCGGGUGACGGGCUCGCGAAAAACAGUUUUUUGUAAUCUAGGAUCGCGAAAUGUUUCCGCAGGUACGACGACAGAAAUCGCGAGGGCGAGUACGACAGCUGGAAGUACGAAGGUUUCGGCGAUCGCUCCCGAUCCGGUUUGGAACAAAGACCCGAAGAGGAGGAUUCCGACGGACUUGAACCCGCGCGGACUUACAGCGUCGACAAGAAAACGGAAUCGCGUAGCGGUUGGCGUUACGGCGAUUCGGCCAGAAGAGGAAGAUAAUGGUGUUCAGGGCGCUCUUUCAUCCCCCCAAAACGAAUUCGAAGAGAAAUCGCUCCGUUCAAAAGACGCAUCGAAUUUCGAUACCGCUCGUUCUUCGUCGUUGUAUCGGCACCGAGAAGCCAGACUUGCCGAAGGUAAUAUUCAGCCACCUGGACUUGGACGGGCUCUUGAAAAUCUCUUUAGUCGAUACUUGGGUCUGUCAUAGAUUCAUUGCCAACUAUGCUUGACCGCAGCGGACCUCGGAGGAACCGGUUGGCUCCCGCGGGAGGAAAAGCUUACCUCUUAAUCGCGCCGCCCGCUCCCGCUUCCGAUCCCCGAGUUCAAGAAUGUCCGAAGAAACCACCGUGCCGGUCCCAAUCGAAUUCCGGUAGCGACUACCUCGCCCUAAAGAUAACAGACGACAUGUUCAAGGGCGGUAUGGAGCAGAGCAACCCCGACGAGGAGAAAAUCACCGACCCGAGUCUGUCGGGAAAAACGACGACGGAGUGGAAAGUGAUCAAAGUGGCGCGGAACCCGAUCGAAAAUUCUCAAGGGUUGAAAGUAUCGGGGGUGGAUCGGGGGAACCGCGGCAAGGACUUGUCGUUGAACCUCGCGGAUGUCGUCCACGAGUCGUUCGUAGACCCGGAGGCGAUGGCCGCGGAUUUCGACGAGGACGACACGUACAUGAGAUUCGGAAGGGAGUUGAAAUACUUCGACGAACAGGCGAGCGGAAGUGACGUUGGGAAGACUCCUCGGCGGCGGUAUCGCGUCGGGAGAAAUUUGCAAUCGGUUUCAACGGAGGACGAAAUCGACGAGGCGAUUCGCGACAAGGAAGUCGGGGAAAGGCCGGUGGAAAAGUACCUCAGGGAUAAGCGGACAGUUUCGGACGAUGAAUUAGGGGAAAAAAAGGAGCGUCGAACGAAGGAGAGGAGCGUCGCGACGCCCGAGGAAAAAACGACGACGGAUGAUUCCGAAAAAAUCGCAGCGACGUCCAGCCAAAACGACAAGGAUCGGACGGACGAAGAGAAACGGGGUCUGACCAACGUCGAGGAGUGGGAGAACAAUGUUCCGUCUGUCCAGAAACAGCGGUUAAACGACGAGGUACACGAGCGCGAAAUUCGAAGCGUAAACGGCGAAAAUCGGGACAACGGUGAUUCAAAAUCUGGAGAAACGGUGCGAUCGAAAACGGUCAAGGAGAGCGGAAAAUCGUGGGACAAAAUGCCGACCAACGACGUAUCCGAUGCCAACCCUUUCUCCAGAUUUUCAACGCGUCUGAAUCCCCGCGUGAAAAACGAAAAUGGGAGGGAUGAAAACUUUCGACGGAAUUUAGGGAAGAAAUGGGCUGGUGGAAGGCCCACGAAUUUGCAAAAAUUCCAUCAGGGACGUAACUCGGAUCACGACUGGAAGAGAAUCAACGCCAAAGAAGACGCGGCUGACGAUUUACGUCAUUCGCUGCGGAACGGUAACGAGAAAAAAUUCACCAACAAAAACGACGCAGCUAUGAAUCGAGAGACGGAAAGCUCGCAAGGCCAAAUCACCAAGGAAUCCUAUUCGAGGCGGUACAGCAAUGACGAGGAAUCCGGUAGCGGAUCCGCCAAAAAUACGAUGCUAAAAAGCGCGCAAAAGUCGCACCCGAUUCGUCAAGGUCAGGGUGCUUCUUUCCUGCAGCGCGUCAAGGAGAAAAAAAAAUUAUCCGAGAUAUCUACGGGCUACCGUAAACUACCCAUGGAAAAAACCGCCCCGGGCAAUAGUCAGUUCGAAGCCACGGCUGCCGACGAGCAAAAUCAUCCGGAGGAAAAACAUUCGCGUGAAAAAAAUGGCGGAGAUUCAACAGAACCGCAACGCGAAGAUGCGAGUCAGAAGAAAAAAUUCAAGGUCCUUUUAGCCGUGGACAAUAUGGAAGAUGACUCGCAAAUGGAUUUGGCACUCCACGGCGAAUUGGCCGGUAAAAUAGUGGAGAGAAUAUUCGAUCAAGUUCAGAAAAAUGACGCGUUGAAGCUCGCCCUCGGUCCGGGACUUUACCGUAAACAUAAGUCCGAGGAUGCCGUGGCCAGCGAUAAAAUUUAUCGUCAAGGACUGGACGAGGAUGAGGUGAAGCAGACCGAGGGUAUGAUGAGGAGAGUGAUGGAGCUCCUGGGGCGGCUGAUACUCGACGAAGUUCAGAGGAAAACCUGCGCCUCCCUCCCGCCGGACAUGAAAGAAUUUCUCCAGUGGAUAUUGGGCGUCGAGGACGACGACAGGCAAACCGACCAGGUCCCAUCUCUGCCCCUGGUGCACGACCGCGACGGGAAUCCCCAUCGUGAAGACAAAUUCUUGUUCGAAAAUGGCGAUUACGACGAGGCCGACAUCGACGAGCUUUACAAGAAAGUCAGACUCCUGAAGGGCCUCAUCAACGAGUACAACGCCCUUACGGACAAAGAAAAAACGAAGGUCCAAACGGUCCACGAUUAUUUGGUCAGGCAAUUGGAACUUCUGCUGAAAUAUAUAGAGUCUAAACAAGUCGAAGGAGGGCAACCCCAGGGAGCGUUAAUGGCCGGCGAAGGUAACAUUUUGCAGUAUCAGAACGCGGUUCCGAACAAAGGCCCGAGACAAUCGACGAUAUCUCCGUUGGUGAACGCCCCGAGUAUACUGAGACUGAGCAACGCGACCUUCGGCAUCGACCGGCCGUCCAAAGCGCUGAGCCACUAUCAUCUCCAACGUCGUCGAAACUCGCGAAGUUCGACGUUUCGUCGAACGGCCAAAGGAAGAAAGCACAAGAACCGGAAGCACAAAAAUCACCGACGUCCUCAUUCCGACGACGGCGAGAACGGAGAACACGCGAAGCACAAGAAAAAGGGGAAAAAGGGCAAGGGGAAAAGCGAGAAAGAGAAAGCACAUCACCGUAAACACAAAGGCAGAGAGUCUCCGGCGUACAAGAAAUUGAUACGUCGCGCCGCGAUGCUCAGGAAAAAACGCGUAGCUAAUACGUACGAAGACGACUGGAACCCGACCGAUUCGGGGUACGAGGAACCCCUGAUCUACAGCUCUACCGGUCAGCUCGCCAACCGAUUCGAUCGAAAAACGAUCAGGAAGAGGGAGAACGGGAGAGACGAUCGAUUCGAGAAAAUGCAGGCGAAUCGGGUGAUUGAAACGAAUCGGAAACGUUCGUACCCUCGAUCCUGGACUGACGUUAUUUCCGGGAAACUCGACGAUGCCGGACAUUCGGGAGAAACGAAAAAACUGGCGGACGGACCUCAGGCUCCUUCGGUCGACCCCGAGGCCGACGAGAAAAAGAGAAACGCGGAUACGAAGAUACCGAGCCUGGUGAAUGCCGAAGUGAUGCUAUUGAACAAACGGGAGGCCUGGAAAAACCAGAACGAGCAACAACUCGAAGAAGUAGCCUUCGGCAAGGACAUGAGAGGAAGAUGGCGGGAGAAAGAAGAGUUCGAAAAACUGAAGAAGAUCGAUAAAAAAAUGGACGGCGAGGACACGGAGGGAAAAAGAAGGAAGCGGGACGGCGACGAAAGGACUCGUUCAAAAAUCGAUUCGAAAGAUAAUGAUUCUUCUCCCAGCGAAAAAGGAUCGGCGAACUGCGAUCGAGAGGAUCUCGGAGCUGCCGCCGAUUCGAAGAUUCCGGCGGCUCGAAAAUCGAACGAAUCAGAAGCCGAAAAUAAUUCCGAAGCAAAUUUGUCAGUGGCAAAAGAGGCCGUGGAAAAUGUUAUCGAAGAAUUGCGAAAACCCGAAGAAAUCGGCGAUAUUCGAGGAGAAAAAUUGGAAAAAAAUUCUGAUGUAUCGAAUUCCGAUCCAGAUGUCGACGUGCCACCGGUCGAAAAACGAGAAAUGACGAUCGCACGGAAAUCCUCGGUCCUUCCGCCUUCGGAAUCCGAAGGAUCUGCGAUUCUCCCGCUCCUCGGAGUAUCCGAGCAAAGACAACGGCAAAACCAGGCAGCCAGGACUGAAAAGGACGAUCAGAAGGACAUCGCCGAUCAGACGCUGGGACUGGAGUCCCCGACGAUAGUGGGACUGAACACCUACUGAAGAUCAGAAAAAAUAGAAAAACUCCGAUCGCCUGUUGGAUUUUUAUGUACCACUCGCGCGAACGUAAUAU